UCGGAUCAUUAUAUAGUCGUACGGGCCCGCGAGUUCGUGUGAUAUCGCGUACACAGACCACCGCCGCCAGUGUGGGUGAUCGUAUAUACAGUGGCCGCGCGCGCUUUAUACCCGCCGUCAUAUUAUACACGGCACGCGACAGAUCGUAUAGGUAUAUUACAUGUAUAUUGUAUAAACGCAACCGCGGUAACAUACAUACAUUUUUGUAAUCGUUUAUAAUAUAUUGGCGACUGUCGUCCGCGAGUGUAACUAUUGCAGUGUACGAAAUAUAUACUCAUAUACAGCGGCUCGUCGAGACAUACGCCUGAGACGAGUGCGCCGUAUAUUCAGCGGUCGUUGUCCGCAUACGCUACGAUAGUAUUCGUUUGUAUAGUGCGAUCGACGUCGUAGGCCCGCCGCGCGAUAUCCGGACUUCUGCGGCGCCGGCUGCAGGUGACGAGUGCGUCGCGGUUUCGACGGAACCGCCGGAAAAUACACUUCCGAACGGCGUGUCCGGUGCGAAAAACGGUGGUCCGGUGCCCGUUAUCAUAACAACAACGGCAAUAUUAUACAGUCGUAUCACACCUAUACACAAUAUAUUAUAUAAUAUUGUUGUUCUCGUCGUCGUUAUCGCGCGCGCAGGCAACCGCGGCCGUUUGAACCGAUCUGCGGAGAUCGCGCGACACCGUCCACAGUGGUCGUCAACGGUGUUUUUUAAUUUCCAAUCCCACGAUGUGAUGCGAUGAUGUCGAAUUUGCGAUUCUUUGCUCGUGACGUUGUUUUUAAAGCCAUUUGUUGACGGUCUCUCAGAUCGCGUGACGUCCGCUACCCGUUAAGCGGAAAAUCAUAUUUUCUAGGACGAUUUUUCACAGUUAUACUCAAUGAUGUACGAAAGUACAUGUUCGUACCAAAGUGCUUUAGACCUGAAGAGGGUGGCGAUGUCAUCACCGCCUAGUAUAAAAACAGAAAAUGACUGUCUUCCGACUACUACUCCGCAAUGGCCAUCGGUAGGAGUGGCUAGUUGUGCUUAUAGGUUUGCGUGUAAUUCUACGUUUGAGCAACUCAAACAGUCAGUGGAAAAGGCAAAAGCCGCAUUACAGGAUCGCGGAAGUUAUUUAUCAUCGUGUGACCUAGGCACGUCUCCUUUUUGUCCAGCAACACCGUCAUCCAGGACGCCAGUGUCCAGUCAUCCAACUACCAAUUCACUCGAUCUAUUUCAGGAUGAACAAAAUAAUACUGACAAACGAAACAAUUACAUUGAUUCAUCAAAUAGCAGAUAUGAUAAGAGCUCUGGAUUGAUGCAUUUACCAUCGUCGACUUCAAACGGUUUAUCUUCUGUAGGAAAAUCAUCGUCGUAUUUGCCAUCUUCCAUAUCAGAUUCAUUUAGAUCGUCAUCUAAAUCAGAUACUCAUUAUAAAGGAUCAUGGAGUACACAUUCAUCAGGGCAAACACAAGAUCCAUAUCAAAUGUUUGGAGCCACCAGCAGUCGAUUAGCUAGCUCUGGUUCUGGUCAAAUUCAACUGUGGCAAUUUCUGUUGGAAUUGUUGUCUGAUAGCAGUAAUGCAGCAUGUAUUACAUGGGAAGGUACGAACGGUGAAUUUAAGUUAACCGACCCUGACGAAGUAGCACGUAGAUGGGGUGAAAGGAAAUCCAAGCCAAACAUGAACUACGACAAAUUAAGCAGAGCAUUAAGGUAUUAUUACGACAAAAAUAUAAUGACGAAAGUUCAUGGAAAAAGAUAUGCGUACAAGUUUGACUUUCAAGGGUUGGCAGCAGCUACUCAACCAGCUGCUGCAGAUCCGUCUGCGUACAAAUAUCAAUCAGAUUUGUUCAUGACAACCUAUCACCACCAUCACCACCAUUCUCCGAAAUUAAACUUCAUGUCACCUCAUGCCCCUGGAAUAACAUCUACAGCAGGUAGCAUAUUUCCAUCGGCGUCAUCGUACUGGACCAACCCGGGUGCCAACCUCUACUCGAACAUCGCCGCUGCGUCCGCAACGCAUUCGAUGGGUCACCAUCACCACCACCCCGGUGCAAGCACCGGCGUCAGCCACCACACGGGAGUCUCACCACACCUGGCCAACUACUCGCAUUACGCGUCACCAUGACCGUCGGACGUGCACUGGGCCGCCAGGUCGCUGCCCGGCGCCACCUCGGCCCGGCCGCCACCACAUCCGUACAAGCCCAUCGAAUGAACAACCCCUAUAGUCACCAUUUACGUGCUUAAUUUAUCACAACGUUGUUUUCCAUUCGUUGUGAUGAGCGCGGGGUGUAAAUGUAAAUCCACUUUGGAACCGUUAUGAUAUAUCGUGUUACAUGUAGGUAUAACGAUUAUAAUAUAGUAAUGAUAAUAAUAAUAAUCAUAAUAAUACGAUAUAAUUAUAAAACUGACACUCUGUUUGAAUCUACCCGGGGUAGAGAAGAGGACCUACGAAAACGCAUGUUGAUUUCAUUGUACGCAAACAGAUUUUAAUUGUAAAAAUACCCUUUGUCUGUGCAACCGCUAAGUGUUGAUUAGUUUUAGUGUACCUACCUAUUAAAAACUUUCUUAGAAAAAAAAAACUGACGCAAACCAUCAUCACACACACACACACACACACACACACACACACACACACACACACACAGGUUAUGAGCUCGUGACAAUCAACUCGUAUCAACACUGUACACCGCACAAAAAUAUUAACUAAAAAUUAUCAUGUUGAAUACACUCAUCACCGAUCAUCACCGUAAUUAUAAUUUUUUUUUGUAUGUAAAAUUACGUACACAUCCGUACAUACAUAUAUAAGCUACUGCUACUUUAAGUUUUAUCAGUCAGUUUUUGGGAUUUUAAAAGUAAUGAGUUUAUUUCAGAUGGCUCCGUGAACUCUCUACUUUGAUUUUUUUAAGGAAAAAUACCAAAAAGUCUUAACUGUUUACUAUUUAUUAUCGAUGUAACUUUUAAAUUGUUUAACCUUUUUUAUUAGCAAUUCAUAUUCGUAACUAUAAAUUUGACUAAUCUAUGCUGACCUGACCUAACCAAAAAUUUACUGAGAAAAUGAGUGCAGUGCAUUAAUAAUUUAAUACUGAAUGUGACGUGUUAUACAACCCGUGAUAAUUCUAUACAAGUACAAACUUAUACAUCCUUAUUUCAGCCUUGAGCAAUAUUAUAAAUAUUAUAUAAUAUAUAAAUAUUAUAUACAUAACUCUCCAAUAUAAGGAACCGACCACUAAUGUACGUAAUUUUAUUGAAAAAUAAAAUAUAAAUACUAUACUAAAAUAAUAAUCAUAAAUUAAAUAUUUAAAGACGACUAGUACAA